UCAAAGAAAACUCUAAAAACAACAUAUUUAUGGUGAUACUUUGAAAAUAUAUGCAUGAUGGUCUCCCAUAUUGACCAAAGGCUUAAGGGAAGAUGGAGGAGGGAGGAAAAGCAAAAAGCAGAUGGUAGGGGGAGAACCACAUGACCUAUGCUGGCACCUUCCUGAUUAUACAGCAAAAAAAUUUAUUCAUUUGUUUUGGUGUUUUCUAUACCCAUUUCUCAAUCCUUGUUCUACAGUUCAUGUUGCAAUAAAAAUUUACUCUUGUUGACACCCUACAUUGCAUUCAGACACUGAAAUUGAGGAAUGCAGAGAAAAAACCUCUCAGAGGUGGCAGAGUUUAUUUUCCUGGGAUUCUCCAGCUUUCAUGAACACCAGAUCACCCUCUUUGUGGUUUUUCUUAUUCUGUACACAUUAACAUUGUCUGGCAAUGCCAUCACGUUGACAAUUAUCCACAUUGACCGUCACCACCACACACCCAUGUACUUCUUCCUGAGCAUGCCGGCCAGUUCAGAGACCAUGUACACGCUGGUCAUCAUUCCACAGAUGCUUUCCAGUCUCAUAGCCCAGAAUCAGCCAAUCUCCCUGGCAGGUUGUACCACUCAAAUGUUCUUCUUUAUCACCUUGGCCAUCAACAACUGCUUCCUGCUAACAGUGAUUGGUUAUGACCGUUAUGUGGCCAUCUGCAACCCCUUGAGAUAUACAGUCAUCGUGAGCAAGAGGGUGUAUGUCCAGCUGAUAUGUGGAGCCUUUGAUAUUGGCCUGGUCAUGGCAGUUGUCCAGGUGACAUCCAUAUUUACCUAACCCUUUUGUCACAGGCUGGUUGGGCAUUUCUUCUGUGACAUCCUCCCUGUCAUGAAACUCUCUCGUAUUGACACCACAAUCAAUGAGAUAAUCAGUUAUCUUGUCAAUUUAUUUGUGAUCCUGGCCCCCAGGGGCCUCUUCUUCAUCUCCUAUGUCUUCAUUAUCUCUACAGUUCUCAAGAUUGCCUCAUCUGAGGGCCAGAAGAAGGCCUUUGCCGCCUGUGCUUCCCACCUCUUUGUGGUCAUUGUCCACUGUGGUUGUGCCUCCAUUGCCUAAUCCAAGCCCAAGUCAGAAAACUCUGUAGAAGAAGACCUCCUUCUCUCAGUAACCUACACAAUCAUCACUACCCUGCUAAACCCUGUUGUUUACAGUCUGAGGAACAAGGAGGUCAAGGAUGCCCUACACAGAGCUGUGGGCAGAAAUAUUUCUUAAUA